AUGGAAAGGCGAGAAAAAAUUCUCUCUACAGAGGAAGAAGACCAAAUGAGACGCUCGAAUGAAAAAUUCAAAAGAACACCGGGAAAUUCACCGGAGACUCAGCCAGACCCUAGUCAUGGAGGUCAGGACACUAAGAUGGGCACGUGUGUUGAGGAAACGAGGGAGGAAUCCUCCCAAUUUCGUCAGAAAGUUGCACAUAGCAACAUGGCCAAAAGGAACGGGGGAGAAAGAGCGCUUUUCUCAUCCUCUGACAGUCAUGGUGGAGACGAUGAAUCGGAUGACGCCUUGCCGCUUGAUUGUGAUUCAGAUGAUGAAUCGUGCCCUAAUAUUUUGCUCACGAAAGAGGAGAAACAGAGACUACGAAAGCCGUGGCAAAAUGCCUUGAUUAUCAAAUUAUUUGAGAAAAAGUUGAGCUACGAAGUGCUUAUGAAGAGAUUGACAAUAAAAUGGAGUCUAAAGGGAGAAUUAUCUCUUACGGAUUUAGGGUUAGCUUAUUAUAUUGCAAGAUUUACCAAUAUGGAAGACUAUCAUUUUGUCUUGACUCAAGGUCCUUGGCUAAUUGGGGAUAGUUAUUUAACAAUCCGCAAAUGGGUGCCUAACUUCGUGGCCGAUGAAGCACCUAUCAAAUUCCUCACAGCAUGGGUUAGGAUCCCUCAAUUGUCGAUUGAGUACUUUGAUAAGCAAUUUUGGCAUAAGAUAGGCUCAAAAAUUGGGAAAGUCAUUAGUAUUGAUAGGAAUACGGAGGCUAUGAGUCGAGGUCAAUAUAUUCGAUUCAGCAUCGAAGUUGAUCUGUCAAAACCAUUGUUGUCCAAAUUUCGGCUUAAUGGAAGAGUGUGGCGAAUUUAG